UGUUGAGGUUAAUCAAUAAAUCCAAUGAUUGUCUCUUUAAUUAUCGGUGAUUUAAUCAUCACCAUCUCUCAUGAUACGGGUCUUUAACAGGUCAACUUUCCACCUCUUAUGUUAUAAUUAAUGUAGUUAACUAGAUUCUAAUCAAUCUCAUUGUGAUACUCAAUUUGUUUACCUUUUUUUUUUGGUAAAAACAACAACAAAUCCUUCACUUGAUAAUCUCUCUCACCUUAAUUUAUUAUUGAUAUUUUCCCAAAUCUAAUAUCAAUAUAUUAAUAAUUUUGUUUCUCUUUCUGCCUAAUUUAUUUCCCAAUCACUCUAAUUGUAUGAUUAACCUUUUUUGUCAAUUUAAAUUCGACAAGUUGAUCAACUAUUUACCUUUCAUGUUAGUUCAAUUUAGAAUUUUAUAUAAAUUCUCUCAUGUUGAUCUUGUUUUCUUUUCUUCUUCUUUUAAAUUGUGAUGUUUUCUUUUUCUUAUUUCUCUCCAUUGAUUUAAUCACUUCUUCUCCAUAUUCAAAUGGAUUUACUUCCUAUUCUAAAUUAUUGUGAUGAUCUAUGAGAGAAAAGUGAUACCAUUCAUCUUGUUCCAUGUUCUUUUUUUUUUAUUCUCACCUGUGUAUCUAAUUAUCUAUUCUAAUUGAAGGAAAUUCGUCACCAUUGGUACCCAAAUUUACCAAUUUAAAUUCAACACAAGAUCAACUAUAAUUAUCUUUAAAUGUUACAGUUUUAAUCGUCAAUUCUAAUCUGUAAACAACAAUCAACUCUACCGUUUUUCUACAACAAAGUGAUGCUGUUCACCUUAAUUACUCUUGAAACAAUCAACUCAUUGUAAAUAAUAUUAUGGACAUGAAAAUGUUACCAAUAAGCACCAAAGGGAUUUCAAAUGCUCAUGGAUCUUCAUCUAAAUUUUCCCGAAGUUUUAUCCUCACCUUGGCCGUUGGAAUGACCUUUGGCUUUAGUUUUGCCUAUCUACUAUUAAAUGUUGUUACCUGGGAGAAAGGUGAUCUAUUGGGUGGUAAUUCCUAUUUAAUUGCCUCCCAAUCACCAUCACCACCCUCACCAUCAUAUUAUAAACAUGAUGAUCCUCAUAAUUACCAAGAGAUUGAAAAUUCACUUGGACCUCGUUUUCCGGUUUCCAAUCAUAUUGGAGAGGAAGAUGAUCAUAAAAGAGAUUACACCGUUGCUGAUGAACUUUACCAAUCAGUUCGAGUAUUAUGUUGGAUUAUGACCAAUCCCAAGAACUACCAAUCAAAGGCUCGUCACAUUAAGGCCACUUGGGGUAAAAGAUGUAAUAAGUUACUUUUCAUGAGUUCGACGUACGAUUCAACCUUACCGACGGUUAAAUUGGACGUUGAAGAAGGUCGAGAUCAACUUUGGGCUAAAACUCGUGAAGCUUUUCGAUACAUUUACAAUAAUCACUUAAAUGAGGCCGAUUGGUUCAUGAAAGCCGAUGAUGAUACUUAUGUUGUUGUCGAGAAUCUCAGAUAUUUCCUAUCCAGUCAGAAUUCAUCUCAGCCCAUUUAUUUUGGGUGUAAAUUCAAGCCCUAUGUCCACCAAGGGUACAUGUCUGGUGGUGCUGGUUAUGUGUUAAGUAAAGAGGCACUUGAACGUUUCGUUGUCAAAGGAUUGGACCCACUGAACCACCCUGAUAAAUGUAAACAAUCGGGUGGUGCGGAAGACGUUGAAAUGGGCAAAUGUUUGGAGUCACUUCAUGUAACCGCCGGUGAUUCAAGAGACAAAUUUGGCCGCGGGCGAUUUUUCCCCUUUGUCCCCUCUCAUCAUCUAAUUCCUGGUCAUGUUGAUAAAAGUUUCUGGUACUGGAAAUACAUUUACUAUGAAUCAGAAGAGGGUAUGAAUUGCUGUUCGGACACUGCGAUAUCAUUUCAUUAUAUCAGUUCGGACACAAUGUAUGUCCUCGAGUACCUUUUAUAUCAUCUACGGCCUUAUGGAUUACACGAGAAAUCAUCGAGUCAACCCAAGACAAUUAAACCUUUAGAAUCAAAUUUAAUUGCGAGAAAAACUAAUUCACCUAGUCUGCUAUCAUCAACAUUAUCGACAUCAGUUAAAAAAAAUUUAUCAUCAUCUGAUAAUUCAAGCCAAACAAUUAGAAAUGAUAAUUAGUUUAAUCUGAUUUGUUUUUGAUUUGUUUACAACAAUUUAUCUAAAUUGUAUCAAUUCAGUUGAACCAAUGAAGGGCCAAUCCAAACUAAGAAUCUCUUAUGAGUGCAAACAAUUAGCCAACAAUCAAGUAACAAACUUGAUUUAAUCAUAGGAUUAAAUUGUAAAUACUAACUGAUCAUCAAGGACAAUCACUGGCAAUUGGUUAACUAUACAAAUUGGCGAUUGAACUGAAUUACAAUGAAGAUAAUCAAGAAUUAACGACUAAUCACCAAUUGAUUAAACAUUCUAAUUGUGCCAUAUCCUAAUGCUACACAAAAUCAACUAUUGGGCAUAAUGAUGUUCCUCUUUUCAAAGUGAUCAUAAUGAUUAAUUAACUACCAGAAAACUAAAUUAAAACCAUCAAUUUAUCAACAAUAACAAUUGAUGAUUAACCAUUCCAAGUGCUCAUCAAUCCAAUCGUCAUGAUAACAAUUAAGAAACAAUUGAAAAAAUGGGAAAAUUUAACGAUGAUGUAAACUCAGUAUUCAAAUGAAAUCAUCAUUCCUUCAUCAUGAUUAUCUUGAUUAUAAGUGACAUUUAAUUAUGACAAACACAUGAUUUAACAAUUAAUUUAAUAUGGAAACCAAUUGAUUCUCAAUGAUAACUUAUUUUUUAAAUAUCUAUUGUUAUCUUUCACAAUUAACUAUCAUUGAUCAUCGUCAUCAACCAUUUACAUGGUCAACAAUUUAAUCGAUACAAUCAAAUUAUCAUUAAUCAUCAUCAUUGAUCUUCCUAUUUUUCAAUCAGCCAUUUUGCUUUAUUGUUUUCUUUGCAUUUACCUUGAUUGUAAUCACUUUUGUUAAAUUUUUUUACUGUUAAUUUGCUUUCAGUUUUCAAUUCCAAUUCCAUGGUAUUGAUUGAUUAAUAAUCAAUCGUCAUCAGCAAGCAUUUGGUAUUAAUUAAUUAAUCACAACGAAAUUGCCAAACAAAAAAUUCUAACGCAUCGAAAUCUUUCUCGAGAUGGUUUACCGAAUGGAAACAAUUUAUAAAUUAAUCGUUUUAAUAGUAAUGAUAAUUAUCAUUUAAAUUGAUUAUAAACUUUGUCUUCUCUAGUCAAUUUGAUGGAGACUUAAAUUGUUUACUCGAAAUUGUGUUGAAACAAUUUGAUUCCAAUAAACUUUUUCUGCAUUUUGAUUUUGAAUGAAA